GGAAAAGAUUAUUUAUGUGGGGCAAUGGCCUUGUGUGGGGCUGGUGAGCUUUUUUAAGUAUGUCCUCCCCCCGGCCAGAUCCUCGGCCAGGCCUGAAAUCUUCCUGCACUUCGCCCCACCAGAAAUCACUCAAACGAAGAGGCAGGUCGAUGCGCACCUCCCCCCAUGGAUUCGGUCUAUCAAUCCCGUUCUAUUCGACGUAAUCGUACUGGAUGUUGGAAUUGCAAAAGUCAAAAGAGAAGAUGUUCCGAAGAACGUCCCUCAUGUAGUCGGUGUAUCCGGCGAGGACUAGCCUGUAGUUAUGGCCUUCGACUCCAAUGGGAAGACGAGACGAGGUGUGCUGGAAUUGCAUUCGGGAGAGCGGCACAACACAACCGCACGCCAGAGACAACAUAUUACUUACUGCCGAUUCCGCGAGGUAGGUUGCGGUGGUUGCACACAACGGCAGAUGAGGUGCGACGAUUUCCCUACGGGGGUGCAAGCAGGAGAGCUGAUGAAACGCCUGACGGACCCUUGGCGAUGCUCGAACUCUCACUACCGCCGUCGUUGAGUGCGCUGCCAAGUCUAGAGCACAACGAUGGCACAUUGCUGCAAUACUAUACACAAGAAUGGUCUGCUCAUCGAGUCCUUUCAAAAAAACUGGAAAACCCGUUCCAACGAUUGAUAUUACCUCGAGCAUUUCAAUUUAGCCCCCUCUUACACAUGAUCAUGAGCCUAGCAGCUCACGAUCUAUUUAACCGAACUCACGCGGACCAACAGCAUCAACGUCAGGAAUUCUAUUCGUCUAUGCUUCAACACAAACUGUGGUCACUCCAGGACGUGCGGCAACUUUUAUGCAGCAGCAAGGGCCUGGACGAUACCUAUGAUUCCAUAAAUCAAUGCGAGAGGGAUGGCCUUUUGAUGGCUGUUAUGCUGCAUAGUCUGAUGGAAAUCGCCACGAAUAGUACCAGCGAAUGGGCUGUACAUACCCUUGGAGGGCUGUCCAUGGUAAAACGAUAUGGGCACGAACCAUUCAGUCCAGAAGUAUAUCGUUUUGUUACCGAUUACUUCUCGCUUUCCGAAGCUUUUCUUGCUACCACAGGGACUGAGCUUGAGAUUGAAGACCUAAAUGGCUGGCUAGUACCACAGCGAAAGUCCAUGUUCCCAAUAUUGAGAUCAAUGCAUGGCCGCUCACAGAUCAACCCUUACACAGGGCUAUCAUCAGAGCUUAUCCAAAACAUCACUUCGAUAACUUCAACUAUCCAGCAUCAUUCGGGAGCAGGUUCAGAUAGGAAAAGUGCGGCCGUCAUGCGUACGGAGUUGCAAGCCGUAGAGAACCGACUCAGUGAAUUAGAGCAGUGGUCUGAAGAUUCUGACACGGAAAGCCUGAUUUAUCUCAAUGCGGCGGCAUUCGAGGCUGCAGCCUGGGUAUAUCUUCGAGUGGCUCAGUAUGGGUGUGAUGCGGAAGAGAUACAAACAAAGUCAAUGCCAACGCUGUUUGAGGCGAUACGCCGAGUUCACGAACGGCAGGAUGCUCUUGUCGGGUCAGUGCCGUACCCGCUAUGGGCUCUGUUCAUUGCAGCUUGUCUUGCCCCUGAGCACGAAAGAAUUCAGGUGUUGGACUGGUUCGAAGAGCUCAAGGGGUGCCGCUCACUCAGCAAUGUGUCUAGUACGAUGGAGGCGACGAUGAUGGUUUGGAAACAACACGAUUUGAAGUUAAUUAAUGGGCACCCAAGGGGGGGCAGAGUAUCGGGAGUCCCUUGGCACGAAGCUAUCCGAUGCCUUGGUUGGAUGCUGUCGCUCAUGUGAAUGCCUGAUCUAGCUAGGUCGAUCGUAAUACAAUAUGCGUAACUAA